AUGGCCAAACCAAAGCAACAGCGAAAUAAGCAGCGAUCAAAGAAGCAUGUGCAGGCACCUGCCGCUUCCACCGACAGCGACUCUCUGGACGUGGACAUUGCGGCUUUCAUUGAGGAGCAGCAACUGGAGAUCGACCCUGACGUUGCGGAGCUUUUGACCGAGGAUACAGCCGUAUCUAAGAAAAAGGGUGGAAAGAAAAAGGGAAAGAAGAGUGCGGCAGCUGCAGAGGAGGACAGCAAGAUCACUGCAGAAGUGGAUACGGCCCAAAAUGUAGAAGGAGACAGCAUGGGUGAUGUGGACAUGGACGAGGAAGACGAGGCUGAACUCGCUGCGUACCUCGAUAUGAUGAAAGGAAAAAAGGAAGACAAGGACGAAGAAGAGGACGAGCUGGUAGAAAAAGUUUAUUCUAAUGAUACGGUGGCACUACUUUCACGCCUGGACGACAUACGACUUGACCAACCUGGUUUCAAAGUGCCAUGGAUCGAAACGCAGUCAAUAACCUCACCCGCCCCGCUUGACCUGGAUCCCUCUGACGUUCAUGAUGAUCUGAAACGAGAGCUUGCAUUUUACAAGCAAGCCCUUUAUGCAGCCACUGAAGGUCGCAAGCGGAUACUAGCUGCUGGUGUCCCAUUUUCUCGACCAGAUGAUUUUUUCGCGGAGAUGGUCAAGACUGACGAGCAUAUGGCGAAGGUGCGACAACGAUUGUUGGACGAGGCGGCGUCGAUUCAGGCGGCAGAGCAGGCACGAAAACAGAGAGACUUGAAGAAGUUUGGCAAAAAGGUGCAGCAAGAGAAACUUGCAGAGAGGGAGCGAACCAAAAAGGCAGAGUUAGAGAAAGUCAAGGUGGCGCGCAGGAAACAUGCUUCGGCCGAAGGGGGGCGGGAUGACGGAGACGACGAAUUCGAUGUUGAGGUGGACAGUGGAUCGCGUGGUGGUAAGGGCGGACGAGGGGGCAAGACCGCGGCAGGUGGAAAGCGGAAACGGAAGGACGAAAAGUUUGGAUUUGGUGGACCAAAGCGUCACAAAAAGAGCAACACUGCAGAUAGUACAUCUGACAUGAGUGGAUUUAGCUUAAAGAAGAUGAAGGGUAAACCAGGAGUAAGCAAAAACAGACCUGGCAAGGCGCGACGACAAGCGUCAAGAGGGCGAAAGUAG